AUGAAUGGUCUCUCUCGUCAUCUUCGAGCUUCUUCCUUGUCUUCGUUGAUUCGGAGCUAUGGUGGAAUCAACUCGAUCCGUCGAUUUUCGUCUCAGUCAGAUGGCUUCUCUGGAGGGAGAUCUGGAGAGCACGAACCAAUUCCACAAGACGCUGAAAAGAGUUCCUCGCCGAAAACUUUCAGUGACCUAAAAGCAGGCCUCUCAAACAAGAUGGGAACCGGCGGUGGUUACUCGGCUCCAAACGCUCCUCCUCCUUUCAAAUCCGCAACGAGGUCACGCUUCCCAAACACGUUACCUGACCAGUUCAGCCAGAUGAAUCCAGGCUUACCAAACGCAGGAGGAAGCGAGUUCUCUGCUCCUAGCGCAAGCUACCAAAGCUUCACUAGAUCAUCGCUUCUCAAUGAUAGUUCCCGCAGCGGUACCAAAGACCUCGACUUUGUCAGAAAAGUCAUCGAAGGAGACGAAGGAAGGAAAAGCUUGGGGAUUUCCUAUCAUUUCAAUCAACCGAACCUCGAGACGAACGCAGACAUCAUCCACAUCAAGAUGCUGAGGAACAACACUUUCGUCACGGUGACUGAUUCCAAAGGGAACGUCAAAUGCAAAGCUACUUCCGGGAGCUUGCCUGACCUGAAAGGUGGGAGGAAGAUGACGAACUACACAGCUGACGCGACGGCGGAGAACAUCGGGAGGAGAGCUAAGGCUAUGGGAUUGAAGUCUGUGGUGGUUAAGGUCAAUGGUUUCACGCAUUUCAAGAAGAAGAGGAAAGCCAUUGUUGCGUUUAGAGAUGGUUUCACUAACUCGAGGUCUGAUCAGAAUCCUAUAGUGUAUAUCGAAGACACCACUAGGAAAGCUCAUAAUGGUUGCAGAUUGCCAAGGAAGCGUCGGGUUUGA